CUAUGCAGGUGCGAAUCCUUCAGUCAGCAACACGUGUGUGUGGCAGAGGCACAGACAGCAGUAUUCGGCAGAAUCGUCGUGUGACACCAAUUUCCCAGCUAAUUCACAAAACACGAGGAGAAGAGGAUGGAGGAGACGGAGGAAUCGGUGAACUUCAUCACCUGCGCUGUGUGGGUGCCCCGGGGCGCGGCCAAGACCAACCCAGAGAAGGUGGAGAUCUCUAAGGAGGACCUGGCACGCAUCAUAGCACAAACAAAAGACAACAUCCAAGAGCUGGAGGAAGUCAAGGAGGAAGAUUAUGAAGCAAUAGAGAAUGAAGCCUCAGCUGCACCAGGGACAAGUAAAAAGGCUCUACGGGAGGACGACACCAUAGAUUUUGAUUCACGUUACCAGCUCAAGGAUUAUGACGAGGAUGAUGAGGAGGAAGAUAAGAUGAAUCAGAUCCUCCAGCUCGGCUCAAUGGCCAUCCAUGCCAGCAAUGAGGAGGAUCCGUAUGUCACCGUCAAGGAUGACGAGGAGGAUGAUGACAGUGAGGUGGAGAACCACGCCAUCAUGUCCUCAGACAACCUGAUUGCUGUGGGACACGUGGAGGGCGAGGCAGCCAUCCUGGAGGUGUAUGUGUAUAAUGAGGAAGGGAGUCUGUACGUCCACCACGACAUCCUGCUGCCUGCUGUGCCUCUGUGCAUGGAGUGGCUCAACUACGACCCCUGUGAUGAGCAGCUUAAGCCAGCUAAUCUUGCCGCAAUUGGAAGCAUGUCGCCUGUGAUUGAAGUUUGGGAUCUGGACCUGGUGAACUGCCUUGAACCGGCCUUCACUCUCGGCCAGAAGGGAAAGAAGAAGAAAAAGCUCCCGGGAGUUGGCCACAAGAAACCUGUUCUCAGCCUGGCAUGGAACAGACAAAUGGAGCACGUCUUAGCGAGUGGGUCAGUGGAUGAGACAGUCAUUUUGUGGGACCUCCAGCAUGGCACUGUGGCCAAGCAACUUAAGAGCUUUGAGGAGAAGGUUCAGAGCCUGGCAUGGCACCAUCAGGAGCCCCACACCCUGGCUGCUGGUUCCUGUGAUGGGAAAGUGCGGAUCUUUGACUGUCGUGGUGAUGAUGAGUCCUGCAAGACAUGGAAGCUGGAAGGGGAGGUGGAGGCUGUUCUUUGGGACAACUUCUCCUCGUCUCCAUACAACUGUCUGGCCAGCACAGACAAAGGGAAGGUGUACAUGAUUGAUGCCAGGAAGGAGCAACCUCUGUGGACUCUAGAUGCACACACAGACACCUGCUCAGCAAUGAGACUGAGCCCCAAGUGUCCUGGCUGCCUGGUGACAGUGUCCUCUGACAAGAAUGUGAAGAUCUGGGACAUCCACAGUGAGAAACCAACUCUUGUGGAGUGCAAAGAUGCCAAGCUUGGCACCAUGACCUGCCUGGCAUCCUGCCCUGACCUACCCUUUGUCUUCUGCAUGGGAGGCGACAAUAAGAAAAAUAACUUCAAAGUUUGGGACAUUCGGGAGUCUGAGAAAGUCCGUGGCACAUUCUGUGAGCGGGUGGGGCUGCCAGCUGACUGUGACAUGGAUGUUGAUCAAGAAAAUCCUGCUGGUGAGGGUGACAGUCGGCCCCAGCCUGUUGCCAGCCAAGGAGCCACAGCCAACUCCAGGCCUACAUUCAAGAAGAAGAAAGGUGGUCACUUAGAUAAAAGGAGAAGAAAGUUUUAGGAAGCAUCAACUGGUGCUAGACAAGAUUCUGUUAUAUAAUUCACUAGGGAUCGGAGAAAGAGAUAGAGAAAGUGUGUGCAUGUAUGUGUGAAUGUGUGUGUGUGAUGUAAAUUAACACACGUAUGAAUUGGAAAUACUGGAGAGAUUAUUGUUAUCACUUCAACUUAAUAAAAUGUAAAGUCCCA